UCAGAUACACAUUUAUCAGUCAUAAACUCACAUAAAAAAUACCGUUUAAUAACAGGUCGGGUGAGGUGUCUGAGCUCCGCACCGCCCAGUAUUCGGACUGAAGUACAAAACACCAGCAAUUCAUCCAUUCGUACAAAAUCGCCGCAAAACUCAUCGUUUCACCCUCGUGAGAAACAGCCGCCAAAACCGAGUCCAAUGAGUAUCUCACCGAAACCGGAGGGGAAAAUCUGGUUGAAGCCCAAACCCAAGUCAGAUGAGCCGGAUACACCCCGAAAGCCAUCGCCCGAACCGCUAAACAAACCCAAUAUCUUCUCCGACAUCCGGAACGACUUCGAGAAGAUGUCGGCGCCGACAGUGCAGGUCAAUGUGGAGGCGUUCAAGAAGUGUACGCCACCGGCGCCCGUGCAGCCCAUGCCCAGGACGACCGUACAGACAAAGGCCACAGACAUCAGGACAACGGCUGUCAAGUCUCCAUCGCCUGACCCCACGAAAGCCCCGAACCAAAAGCCAAUCAAUUUGACCAAUAAGUCAGUGGACAACAAAUACAGCGCCGAUAUGACAGCCAUUAAGUCGGUGCCCAUGCAUGAUAAUAAACCAAAAAUCGGCGACAAAACCGAAGAGAAGAGCAAACCGGCGGCAGUGGCGAAGCCUAUGGCGUCGAAACCGACGGCCAAAGUGCAGCCCUCGCCCUCCACGUCCCUCACACACCUGCCCCCCAAGGCAUCCGGCAUACAGUCCAUCGACGAGGAGGUGAAGAUCGUGAAGCCGCCCACCGCUAAGGUCAAGGCCGGCAACGUCUUGGAUAAGGCUCGCCAUCGCUUGGAUCACUUCUGGAGCAGAAAUAAA